AAAGAAAAGGAAAAAUAAAAGAAAGAAAGAAAGGAGGAAAAAAAAAAAAAAACAAACCAACAAAGCAAAAGGAAACACUGCCCCGGCUGCGUUUGGCUGUUGGAUGUUUUCCUUUCGUUUUGCGAAGUCCGCUCGGCUCAGAGCUCCGACCCGACGGGACGGGACGGCACGGCACGGCACCGGGCAGCUCAUGUCCCGGCCGAGUCCCGCAUGGCCGCAGCGAGACGAGCCCCCCCCGUGCGGCACCGCCACCGCGCUCCCCCCGGCCUCGUCCGACAGCGACUCCGGCUGUGCCCUGGAAGAAUACCCGGAGCCCCCCGCAGAGCCCGCGCCCCCCGAGGUCCCCGCCUGCUUCGAGAGCCGACCCACAGAUCAACCCCGUCCUGCCGACCGGAGCCUGCUCCGUGUCAGAGCCCUCCUGCAGCAGCUGCCGCCUCAGGACUGCGAUGAGCGGUACUGCCCCGACCUCGAGGAGGAGGAGAGGAAGCAGCUCCGGGCGUUCAGCGCCCGCCGCCGACGGGACGCGCUGGGCCAGGGGGUGGCAGUGCCAGUGCCGGGCGCCCGCCACGGCUAUCCGUGCAGGAAGUGCGGCAAGAGGCUGAGCAAAGGAGACCUCGGGAUUGCGGCAUCGUGGCUGGGAGAGCAGCUCUGGCACCCACCCUGCUUCUGCUGCCACGUCUGCCACCAGCCCCUGGUGGACCUCAUCUACUUCCAGCAGGAUGGGAGGAUCUACUGCGGUCGGCACCACGCCGAGCUCUUUCGGCCUCGCUGUGCUUCCUGCGACCAGCUGAUCUUCUUGGAAGAGUGCAUCGAGGCUGAGGGCCGGCGCUGGCACCCGGAGCAUUUCUGCUGCCUGGAGUGCGACGCACCGUUGUGUGGGCAGCGCUACGUGAUGCGGAGCGGCCGGCCCUGCUGCCGCAGCUGCUUCAACAGCCUCUUUGCCGAGCCGUGCCAGGCCUGCGGGGAACCCAUCGGUGUCGACAGCGAAGAGGCCACACACCAGGGUCUGCACUGGCACGCCUGCGCCGCCUGCUUCUGCUGCAGUCUCUGCCAAAAGCCGCUGCGUGGGCAGCCACUCACUGCCCGCUGCGGGCGGCUCUUCUGCUCCGAGAGCUGCAGCCUGGGCCAGGAUGCGUCCUCUGCUGCCUCCACCACCUCCGAUUCCUCUGACUCGGCCUUUGUCUCAGCACCGUCCCCUGACUCGACACCCGUCUCCAGAGCCAGCCAUGCCACCAGGGCUGGGAGCACCGCGGCAGCUGGGGGCUGCAGACAGCGGGUGGAAAGGGCUGGUAGGGGACCUGAGUGCUCCACUUGCAGGGGGUUGGGAGAGAAAUGGAAGCAAAACCAGGCUCUGGGUACUUCACUGGGGAUACAGCACAUGUGUGCAGCCCCUCAGGGCUGUAGCAGCAGCUGUGGGCUGAGGUUUGGUGAAGACAACCCUGGUGUGCAUCCCGGGACAGCCCCUGCUGCACAGGCAACUGCAGCAAGGCAGGCUCAGCCUUCUUCUCCCUCACCCUUCCUUGCUUGCUUUCUUCCAGAGAUGCUACCAGAUCAGGCCUCUACACAUCCUGCGUUCAGGAGCCCAGAGGACCACGGAGCAGCUGUGGAGAGGAGCAAGGAUUCUGUGUGCACAGGGAUGCUGGAAUCAUCAGCCAGCCACCCGUCCAAUGUUCAGCCCUGCACAGAGGGUCCAUGCAGGCUUCUGGGAGGUCCUGAACCCCGAAUACUGGCAGGGGAUGGAAACCCACGCUUCCAAGUGGGUCUGCCCCCUGCCCGAUCUAGCCCAUGUCUGCAGGACAUUGACCCACAGGAUAUCAUGGAAGAGGACGAUUCCUGGUGUCCCACUUGCUCUUCAUCCUCAGACUCUGACUCUGAAGAGGAGGGUUUCUUCUUUGGGAAACCCAUCCCCAAGCCCGGGAUGAACUCUGUAGGCAGGGAGCCCCAGCGCCUGGAGCAGGCGGGGUGCAGGAAGGCGAAGCUGCGGGGCAGCAGCAAGCACUGCAGCGUGUCCUAGCGCAGGGACACUCGGCAAGCAGGGGUCCCCAGGUGCUGCAGAGGCUGCGGGGCAAGGAGGCACUUUGCAUGGUAUUUGAGCAGAGGGGCAGCAGCUGGGUGCCAAAUGCACCGGGCGGGGGGGAAGGAGGGGAGAGCGCCUUGUAUGGCACUGCCAUCCUGCCAGCACUUGCAGUGGUCUCAAUGCAUUCCAAAGACCUUUUAGACAGCCCUGGCUGAGGUGGCGGAGGGGGAGGGAGAAGCUGCUGGGAUCUUUCACCUGGGAUCUUUCAGCUGCUGGCAAAGCACAGCCUGCAAUUCCUGCUGGCCUCUCCCUCAAUUAGGAACAGGUAAAGCGAGCAGGGAGCGGAGAACCAGCAGCCCGCACUGGGGUAUGGUCUCUGACUGCUGUCUCAGACAAACCCAAAGCCCCAGAGAGCAGCUGUGCUCUGGGGAGGGCAGCCAAGGACUUAGGACAAGGGCAGACACCUGCAUGGCAGCUGCUGCAGGGAUUCCUGCCCAGACUGUCCAGGAGAGAUCUGGCCACCAGGGUCAGAUCGAGACACCACGUGAGAAUCCUCACGUAUAGAGACAUCUUGAAGGACCAGAGCUGAUGCUGCCUCACAUGGAGCUGUAUCCCCUGCCACUGCAGGGAGGAGACCAGUGAGGCAGCUCUGCCACCAUGACAGACGAUGCUCCAAUAAAGCUUGACUGAGACCUGAAUGCAGAAGAGCUGACCCCGCCGGGCCUGUUCCUCUUCAGCCCGGGUUUGCAGCAGCAUUAACUGUGCUGCUAGAGAACUGUUUUUAAUGGGAGCUGAGGGUCCCCAGGGGAGGACUGGGCUGGGGUGUCACUGUGGGACCCCUCCCUGUGC